AUGCCACCUGCAUUCUUUUCUCAUUUCAAUCCUUAUUCUCUUUUGAUUCCUUAUCCAAAUGCCAACUCUUAUCACCCACGGGUAAUUCAGAAUUUGAAUGGACAAGAUGAGGAUUUUGGAACUAUUUUAGAGGUGGAUAACGAACAAGAUGGAGUAGAUGGACAACAUGAAAUUACACCUGAAGCUCAUAUUGAGGUUGCAGAGGAGGAUGAUGAUGAAAUUGAAAAUGGAAAUGUCUUCAACGAGAAUUCUACUCUUGAAGAACCCACUCGUGGAUUGAUGUUUCAUACUAAACAGGAUCUCCAAGCUUAUUAUAAGCAAUAUGGGAAGCAGCUGGGGUUUGGGGUUAGCAUUCAAAGAGUCAAAAAGGAUGUGGAUAGUACUUUCAAAUACUUAACUCUAGGAUGUGCUCGUGGUGGUAAGGUACGUAACCGCACACGUGAUGUUUCUAAGCCACGUCCGACCAGCAAGACAGAAUGCAAGGCCAAGAUCAAUGCAAUGCUAGUAAACGGCUUGUGGCGUAUAACUAUAGUAGAGAAUGCACACAAUCAUGGGUUGAGUCUCCAAAAGUCCAGAUACCUUAGAUGCCAUAGGGAAAUUGACACAAUCACCAAGAGGAAAUUAGACGUAGUCGAUAGAGCUGGGGUACGCAUGAACAAAAGCUUCAACACUUUAGUUGUUAAUGCAAGUGGGUUCGAGAAUCUUCAAUUUCUAGAGAAGGAUUGUCGUAAUUAUAUUGACAAGGCCAUACAACUUCGCCUUGGCAAAGGAGAUGCUGAGGCACUUCGUGCAUAUUUUAUGAGAAUGCAAGUAAUGAAUGAUGGAUUUUUUACCUUGAUGGAUUUAGAUGAUGAUUUGAGAUUAAGAAAUGUGUUUUGGGCUGAUGGACGGAGUAGGGCAGUAUAUGAUUAUUUUGGGGAUGUUGUGACGUUUGAUACGACAUACCUCACUAAUAUGCAUGGUAUGCCAUUCGCACCAUUCGUGGGUGUGAAUCAUCAUGGCCAAUCGAUACUAUUGGGGGCAAGAUUGAUAUCAUUUGAAGACACAAAUACAUUUGUUUGGUUAUUCCAAACAUGGUUGUCUUGCAUGAAUGGAAAAGCUCCAAAAACUAUAAUAACGGAUUAA